GCGUCCGCCUUAGCUGUUAAUGUUGACAGAAAAUGACAAUCCGCGUCGUCUUCUCAGCAUAGCCCAAGUUGGAAAUACCAAGGCAUGUUUCAAAGAAACUGCUGGCUGCCAGGAUUCAUGCCGAGAGGGAGCAUGAUGCAUUUUUGAGUGUGCGACGAGCUGAGCCCAGCCAGUGUGGGGUUCCAUGUGGGUGAGGCUGGCGGAGGCUGGCUGAGGGGCUUGCUUAUGCCGUCACCGCUCGCAACAGACGACAGUCUUGCCGGAUGCAAUUGAGACUCUGCUACCGUUGCUGCUGCUACUGCUACACAAUACCCACAUCGGGCAGUCGGCAGUCUGCCCCGCCCGAUAUCCCAUUGACCUUGCUUACUCGCAACGAGCGCGCUCACAGUGUCGGCCGGCUGGCAGGCUAGGUCGAGGAGGGUAAAAGGACAGCAGGCCCGAUACCGGCCCAGGCAAGCCGAGACGAACAAGACGGAUCAUACUCGGAGCAGAAAAAGAGAGCCGUAUCCAUGGCGGACUCGGUCGAUGCAAGGAACAAGCUCGAGGACCUCUCGGGCAUCGUCCUGAAGCCGGGCGAGAACCCGUACAAUGCCUUGAUCGAGGCGUGCAGCGGGAAGCCUAAUGAGAUACAAGCACUAUACGCAACGCACCGAAAGGCGAGAAAUGCUCAGCAAAAGAAAAAGUUCCUGGCAGCCGAGUUCCGGGAGGUGAUCACGGACACCAUCCUCAUGCGGCUCGAGGACCCGACGCUCGAGCCCGGCUUCAAGGACCCGAGGAACAGCCUUGUCGUCUGGGCCCGGCCGCCGGAGCACGUGCUCCAGCUCAUGGGCCACAUCCAGCGCAAGCUGAAGGAGGUUGCGCCACACCUGUGGCUCAUGCCCCUGCACCGGAUGCACAUGACGGCGCUCGAGGUGACGCACUCGCAGCCGGCCGAGACGGUGGCGGCGCUCGUCGAGGCCCUGCGGCCGCGCGCCGCCGACAUUGCGAACCACACCUUUUCGCACCGGGCGCGCCUCGUCAAGCCCAUGGUGUCGCACGACCUGGCCGCCGUGGCGCUGUCGUUCCUGCCCGCGGCCGGCGAGCCGGUCCUGUCCCCGGGUGUGCUGCAGCAGCAGCAGCAGCAGCAGCAGCAACAGUGCGACGACGGCGACUCGUACUCGUACCACCACCUCCGGCGCGACGUCUUCGACAUGACGGUCGGCGGCGGCGGCGGCGGUGGUGGCGGCGGUGGCGCCAGGCGGGUCGCCGGGGACGAGAUAGCCAUCAACUCGCGCUAUGUGGUUCCUAGCGCACACGUGACGCUAGCGCGGUUCGUGGCGCAGGACGACCACGCGACGGCGGCGCAGCGCGAGGCGUGGGUGCGGCGCAUCGACGAGGUCAACGCCUGGCUCGAGGCCGAGGUGUGGGGCGGCGAUGGCGGCGGCGGCGGCGGCGGCGGCGGCGGUGACGGCGGCACGGGGGGGUUCGUGGGCGAGUGGGCCGUGGGCCAGGAGCGCGGGCUGGACGUCUGGGCCGGGGUGCUGUGGUACGGCGGAGGGCGGAGCAUUGUGGUGGGCGAGGGUUACUGAACGCCCGUCUCCCCCGGUAUCGCUGGGGAACAGGGUUUGAUGGUGGAGGAUGGCCUCCCCCCUGUUCGCUUUGUCCACUUUUUUGCAAAUCCCGAACUCAAGAGGUGUCAUGACUGGGUGCGUUUUAUGACAAGGAAACUUCCGCCAUGGGUCCCUUUUGUCUAAACCUUCUCCCCGCUAGCUUGGUUUCUCUCGCACCGGCCUUUGAACAUCUUGGGUUUAGGCGGUUCUAGUUCUAGGCGAUGUCGGAUCGGGUGGAAAGGGGGAGAACAUGGAGCAAGGCAUAAAAAAAAAAGAGACGUCGGGCAAAUUUGCUUAGUCCGAUCAGUGUCGCAACGACGAUAACGACAACAACGACGACGACGGCAGCCGGGCCUGCUUGGGACGGCGAGGGCGAUUAGGUUCGAUCGGUCAGAUUCCAUGUGCGAUCCGUUUUCUGCUGCUUUCUGGAAAACUGGCGGAAACCCGAG